AUGGCGAAAGGCGACAUCGCCCUCGCCGAUGCCCUUGCAGAAGCCACAGCGGCGGAAGCAACCCGGAGAUCAGCGGCCCAGCUGAAGCAAACCGGCACCGCGGAACGGGCCGCCGCAGCCGCGACACCCGAAAACCGGACCGACGACAACUACCGGGCGGCCACAUCCACGCACCACGGCGACCUCGAGUCCCCCUCCGGAUCGGAAGACGACGAGGAAGACGUCCAUCGCCUGCAGACGGGACGAGACAGCUGGGACGGCCGGAAAGUCCACGUGGAGGUCGAAAUCGAGGACCGCCCCUGCAAAAUGGAGGUCGACUCCGGAUCGUACCUGUCCAUGGUCGCGUGGCGGGAAAUUAAGCGACUGGUACCUUCCAUGAAGCGGCACGAGCUGGAGAACCAGACGCUCAUCCUUAAAGAUUACCAGGGGAAUCGCAUUCCCGUGGUAGGGACCGGGCACUUCAAGGUUACCUUCAAAGGGCGCACCGAGAUACUUCCGCUAACCGUCGUCGAACGAGACCGCCCCAGCCUCUUGGGACUGCAAUGGCUUGCGCCGCUGGGACUAGAAGUGACCGGCACCAACCACGUCGCCGAGGCGGACUGGGAGGAACAGCUCGUGCGCGAGUUCCAGGAGGUCUUCAACGGAAAUCUAGGCAAGUACCGGGGCCCCCCAAUAUCCUUCAGCCUAGACCCCACCAUUGCUCCCAUCCGCCUCAAACCCCGGCGAGUGCCUUUCGCUCUCCGGCCCAAAAUCGAUGAACAAUUAAACAAGCUCAUCGAACAAGGAGUCCUCGAAGCCACAGACCAUGCCCGAUGGGAGACCCCUAUAGUCACCCCGAUAAAGCCAGACGGGUCUGUGAGAAUCUGCGGGGACUAUAAGGCAACCCUGAACCGCGCGCUACAACAAAGCGCCUACCCCGUCCCAGUAGUACAACACCUCUUGCACUCGCUGGGAGGGGGCAGGGUUUUCGCCAAACUCGACCUGGCCCAAGCCUAUCAGCAAUUGCCGGUCGACGAGGAAACCGCCGAGGCGCAGACAAUAGUUACCCACCGGGGGGCUUUCCGUUGCAAGAGGCCCCAAUUCGGAGUCAGCGUAGCCCCGGGAGUAUUUCAAAGCCUCAUGGAAAGACUCCUCCGGGGCAUAAAAGGGGUAGUGCCUUACUUCGACGAUGUGUUGGUAGCCGGGGCUGACCAGAAACAAUUAGAGGACCGCCUACGGGAAGUACUGAGGAGAUUCCAAAGUGCGGGGCUCAAGGUUAAGAGAGAGAAGUGCCAACUGCACACGGCACGGGUCGAGUUCCUGGGGUACUUACUAGAUCGGCAUGGAAUCCACCCCACCGAGGGCAAAAUAAAAGCCGUUAAAGAAGCCCCAAAGCCCCGAAACAAAACGGAAUUACAAGCGUUCCUGGGGUUGAUUAAUUUCUACAAUGUUUUCCUGCCCCAAAAGGCGACCGUGGCAGAGCCGUUGCAUAGGCUGCUCGACAAGGCAGCCACCUGGACGUGGGGGAGACGAGAAGAGGACGCCUUCAACAGAACCAAGGACCUUCUCACAUCAGAUGCUGUCCUCAUCCAGUACAGCGAGACACUCCCCAUCACGGUAACGUGCGACGCAUCCCCUUUCGGAGUAGGAGCUGUCCUCAGCCAUACCCUCGCCGACAGAAAAGAAGCACCCAUCGCCUUUUUCUCGAGGACCCUUUCAAAACCCGAACGAAACUACAGCCAAUUGGAUAAAGAGGCUCUAGCCAUCGUCGCGGCCGUAAAGAAAUUCCACGAAUACCUUUACGGCAGGACCUUCACCAUAAUCACGGACCACAAACCGCUGCUGGGAAUACUGGCAGGAGACCGGGCCACCCCAAUCAUCCUCUCUCCAAGGAUGACAAGGUGGUCCGAAUUUCUCGCCGCCUAUAAUUACCGGCUAAUCCACCGCCCCGGUAAGACAAUUCCGCACGCAGACGCCCUCAGCCGCACACCGCUGCCAACCCUGGACGCUGACCCAGCACCAACCACGUCAACCCUGAGCAUCGAGACCUUACCCAACCUACCCCUGACCGCGUCAGACAUUGCCCUAGCAACCAAUAAAGACAAACGUCUGGCGCAGGUCCUGAGAUGGGUGGGGAAAGGCUGGCCGGAAAAAGAUGGGGACAGCGAGUUCAAAGCUUACCGGAACCGACAAACAGAACUGUCAAUACAAAAAGGUUGUUUACUGUGGGGGGACAGGGUCGUAAUUCCGGAAAAGUUACAAAAAAGAGUCCUGAGCAUGCUGCACGAAGGGCACCCCGGCAUCGUCAGGACAAAAGCCCUGGCCAGAAGCCACGCCUGGUGGCCAGGGAUGGACAAGGAGAUCGAAGCCUGGGUCUACGCAAGAAACCUCACCGGAGACCCCCUCUGGGUACCGGCGACGAUCACCCAAGCAACAGGCCCACUCUCGUACCGCCUCCAAACAGCUGACGGACGAGCGUGGAAACGCCACAUCGACCAACUG